UCGAGUCCUGGUCUCUCUAGUCCUCGCUCUGUGUAUCGAUGAAGUUGUUUCAAAGAUGGCGGACUUCCUGCCGUCCCGCUCUCUUUUAUCUGUAUGUUUCCCGAACUGUCUCCUCACGAGUGGCGAGGCCGAGCAGCUGCGGAAGUCCAAAGAGAUAGAUAAGUGUAUUCAUCGAGAUAAGACGUAUGUUAAGCGACUAGUGAAGAUACUGUUACUCGGAGCAGGCGAGAGCGGCAAGUCCACUUUCCUCAAGCAGAUGCGCAUUAUCCAUGGGAAGGACUUCGAUCAGAAGGCCAAAGAGGAAUUCAGAGCCACGAUUUUUAGUAAUGUUAUUAAAGGGAUCCGAGUGUUGGUUGAUGCACGAGAAAAGCUGCACAUCCGAUGGGGCAAACCGUCCAACCAGCGGCACGGCGACACCAUGAUGGCGUUUGACACCCGGUCGGCGAUGGCUCGCGGUCACGGCAUGGUGGAGCCCAAAGUUUUCCACCAUUACCUGCCGUCCAUACGUGCCCUGUGGGCUGACCAGGGCAUUCAGAACGCCUACGACCGCCGCAGGGAGUUCCAGCUGGGGGAGUCGGUCAAGUAUUUCCUGGACGAUUUGGAGAGACUUGCACAGUCGGACUACCUCCCCAGCCAGCAGGACAUCCUCCUGGCCAGAAAACCCACUAAAGGCAUCCAUGAGUACGACUUUGAGAUCAAGAACGUGCCUUUCAAGAUGGUGGACGUGGGGGGUCAGCGUUCAGAGAGGCGGCGCUGGUUCGAGUGCUUUGACUCGGUCACUUCCAUCCUCUUCCUCGUCUCCUCCUCAGAAUAUGACCAGGUGCUGAUGGAGGACCGACAGACCAACCGGCUCAGCGAGUCCCUCAACAUUUUCGAGACCAUCGUCAACAACCGAGUUUUCAGCAACGUCUCCAUCAUCCUGUUCCUGAACAAGACGGACCUGCUGGAGGAGAAGGUGAAGCAGGUGUCUGUUAAAGACUACUUUCCCGAGUUCUCGGGCAACCCCACGAGCCUGGCCGACGUCCAGCGCUUCCUGGUGGAAUGUUUCCGUAAGAAGCGUCGCGAGCAGCAGCAGAAGCCGCUCUACCACCACUUCACCACCGCCAUCAACACGGAGAACAUACGGCUGGUGUUCCGCGACGUCAAGGACACCAUCCUCCACGACAACCUCAAGCAGCUCAUGCUGCAGUGAGCGGGACUGACCAGUAGGUGGAUGGAUGGAUGGAUGGAGUGGGGGCAGAGGGGGAGCGGGUGUUGAGGUGCCUCCCCCCUCGUUGCCUCCCUGCCACCAUCAUCCUGUAAACAGCAGGCGGUGUCACUUUUGAACUUUGACUGUGUAUUAAAGCCACCACUACUAUGCCCCGCCCCCCAAUGCUUACUCUCUGCCUUACUGAGCUUGUUCACUGUGACUUAAAACAGCUGCCUUUGGCUCAGAGACCCCCCCCC